CUUUGUGUUAAGGGCGUUGCUCUAGCUUAAUUGUUAAUUUGUGUUAUUUUGUCUAAAAACGCGUUUGUAAUUGUUUAACUUUUGGUCUUAUAAAUCAAAAACAUUCUAAAAUGCAAACUUACGUUCAAGUUACUGUCCUACUGCUACUUGCAGCUUUAAUACACGAAGGUGCUGCCAUUUGGUGUUACCGCUGCACUUCUGCAACACCUGGCUGUGCGGAUCAUUUUAACUGGCGCGGCAUUGGCUUUCUGGGUGAGCAAUGCCCCGAAAGCAAUGAUGUGUGCGUAAAGGUAACAGAACGACGUGAAGGCAGGGAGACGAUAACACGGGACUGCCUUAGUGCUUUGAGCUUCCGCACCGAUAUUCCAGCAGACAAAUACGAGGGCUGCAGACCCGCUGCCAAGGAUGUGCGUCUGGCGCACUAUGUCAACCACACCAUCAAGGAGCAUGAUGUGAAGCGCGAUUACUUCACAGAUACAACGUUCUGCUUCUGCUUCCUCGAUCAUCGUUGCAAUGGCGCGGGCGCGCUCAAGAGCUCUACAUUAGCGGCUGGCGCUGUUGUACUCCUGCUGCUGACCAAGAUGUGUCUACUGUAAACCAUUUCCAGGUUUAACAAA